AGGGGCGGUGGGCGCAGCAGUCUGCCAGCCAUGGAGCGGGGCUUGAGGGGCGGCGGAACCGCGAUAAGAUCCCCUCUGGCCGCCGCAUCAUGUCCCUCCGCCUCCUCCGCCGCCUCCUUCUCCUCGCAGCCUUGCUGCUAGUGAUUGUCUGGACCCUCUUUGGGCCCUCAGGCCUCGGGGAGGAGCUGCUGAGCCUCUGGCUCUCCUCCCUGCUCCCCGCUCCUGCCUCACCAGCGCUGCCCCUGGCCCUGCCCCGCCUUCUGAUCCCCAACCUGGAAGCGUGUAGCGGGCCCGGUACCCCUCCCUUCCUGCUCAUCCUGGUGUGUACCGCCCCUGAGAAUCUGCACCAAAGGAACGCCAUCCGGGCUUCGUGGGGCGGACUGCACGAGGCCAUGGGGCUGCGGGUGCAGACCCUCUUCCUGCUGGGGGAGCCCGUCCGGCCACAGCCGACCUGGGGCAAACAAGGGAAUGGCCUGGCGUGGGAGGCUGCGAUGCAAGGAGACAUCUUGCAGGCGGCUUUCCAGGAUUCUUACCGCAACCUCACCCUCAAAACCCUCAGCGGGCUGAACUGGGCCAACAAACACUGUCCCAUGGCUCGCUACAUUCUCAAGACGGACGAUGAUGUGUAUGUCAAUGUCCCCGAACUGGUCUCAGAGCUGGUCCGGCGAGGGGGCCGUUGGGAGCAAUGGGAAAGGGGCACAGAGCCCCAGAGCGCAGCUGUGGUUGGAGAUGAGGAGCAGGAACGGGGGGGCCGGGUUUUGGGGAGCGAGCCGGUGCCUCUGCUGUACCUGGGUCGUGUACACUGGCGGGUAUAUCCCUCUAGGACAGAAGGGGGGCGGCACCAAGUGUCUGAACAGCAGUGGCCUAUGGCUUGGGGCCCCUUUCCACCUUAUGCCUCAGGCACUGGGUAUGUGCUCUCAGCUUCUGCUGUGCAGCUCAUCCUGAGGGUUGCCAGCCGGGCACCCCUCCUGCCACUGGAGGAUGUCUUUGUGGGGGUAAGUGCCCACCGAGGAGGCCUCACCCCAACCCACUGUGUCAAGCUUGCUGGUGCCACCCACUACCCUCUGGACCGGUGCUGCUAUGGAAAAUUCCUGCUGACAUCCCACAGGUUGGACCCCAGGAAGAUGCAACAGGCCUGGAAGCUGGUGGACAGCCCUGAUGGAGAAAGGACUGUGCCCUUCUGCUCCUGGCUCCAAGGAGUUCUGGGCAUCCUGCGAUGUCGGCUAAUAGCCUGGCUUGAGAGUUGAGUGUGCCUGGAGCCACAAGAGAGGGGCUAAGGGGGUUGAGCACCCCCAGACCUUCUCUCCCAGGCCUGAUGCAGGGGUCCUGGCUGGCUGCAGCAGGUCCAUCUCCUCAUGCCAGUUCCUCAGUGCGACACUGCCGACCCAGUGAUAUAGAAGAAACCCAGGGGCCUGGCCUGCCAGCCCCCAAAAUGGCCGUCAGGAAUAGCAAAAAACGCAGGGGCGCUCUCUAGUCAAGGCAGGUGAGCGGCAUUAGCUCCUCAAUAAACUUUUGUCUCUCUGCCUCUUGAGUGCAGUGUUUUUUUCAUCAGAACUCCCAGAACACUGACUGAGAAGUCCCAGAGGCUGCCAGGCCCUGCUGGUUGGGAAGGACAUCUCCAGGGACGUGGGAGAAGGACAAGCCUUUCUGAGGCUCUUUAAGAGGGCUCUUAAAAGGCAGGGUUAAGACCACAGCAACCACACAGUAUGGGGCGGGAGGGAAAGGCAGUACACCAUGACCCCUCUGAUCCUAGAUAGCCCCACUUCAGGCAAGGGGGAGCGAACAGGGCCACAGGAUAAUCCAGAUACACUAUCCAAAAAAUCACCUUU